AUGCUCGCCCUCGCCUACCUUGGUAUUGGGCUCGGGGUCUACUUGAUCUACUUGUUCGCAAAGACCUUUUACGACUGGUACCGCCUGCGACACAUCCCUGGUCCCUUCUCCGCUGGGUUUUCAAAAGGAUGGCUGCUCAAACACACUUGGGAUGGGUCCAUGUACAUCGAGUCUGCGGAACAAUGCUUCAGAUAUGGUUCCCUCGUUCGCAUCGGACCGAACGACCUCAUCACAUGUGACCCCGAAAUACUCAAGACAAUGGGUGCGGCUAGAUCUCCGUACCGUCGAUCUGACUGGUAUGAUGCCCUUCGAGUCGAUCGUGAUAACAUUCUCUCCGAGCGAAACGAGGAGAGACAUGCGAUGCUUCGCGCCAAGAUGGCGCCUGGGUAUGCUGGCAAAGAGAAUCCCACCCUCGAGCAGUCAAUCGACGAGUGUAUUGCAAAGCUUGUCGACCUCAUCGAACGCAACUAUCUCUCCACCCCCGAAGAAUUCAAACCAAUGGAUUUUGCACGGAAGGCACAAUACUUGACUCUCGACAUCCUCUCCACCAUUGCCUUUGGAGGAGCAUUCGGAUACCUUGAGAAGGAUGAAGAUGUAUUCCAGUAUAUCCAGACAACAGAAAGCUCCAUUCCGGCCAUGAUUUUGUGUGCAGCGUUUCCAGGGUUGUCCAAGGUCUUUCAGUCACCAUUGAUGAGGUUUCUUAUGCCAAAGGAUACCGAUGCAUAUGGCCUGGGUAAAAUCAUGGGAGUGGCAAAGGAGGUGGUAGCUGAGAGAUUCCGACCUGGAGCAAAACCACGAAUGGACAUGCUGGGUUCAUUCCUUCGACAUGGCCUCUCACAAGAAGACGCCGAAACGGAGACCUUGGUCCAAAUCCUCGCCGGUAGCGACACCACAGCAUCGGCGAUACGUGCGACGAUGCUUCAUAUCCUCACCAACCCGCCGGUUUUGGCAAAAGUUUUGACCGAGCUUUCGUCCGCCAACAUCUCCGAUCCCAUUCAGGACUCGGAGGCCCGCAAAUUGCCGUAUCUCCAAGCUGUGAUCAAAGAAGGCUUGCGCAUUCAUCCCCCCGUUACGGGGCUCCAGUCCAAGUCUGUGCCGCCUGGGGGAGACACCCUCAACGGGUACUAUGUCCCAGGAGGAACGAAGAUCGGAUAUUGUGCAUUUGGCCUGUUCCUAGAUGAGGGAUUGUGGGGCCCCGAUGCUAGAGUGUUUCGACCCGAGCGAUUCCUGGAGGGGACACCGGAGGAGAUCAAGCGCAAGGAGGCUAAUGUCGACAUGGUAUUUGGGUACGGGAGGUCGUCGUGCCUCGGGAAGAGCAUUGCGUUCAUUGAACUCAACAAGGUCUUCGCGCAGCUUCUUCGGAAUUUCGAGUUCACCAUUGUCGACCCCCAGCACCCGUGGAAAUCCUUUAGUGCAGGAGUCUUUAUUGUAAGCGACAUGUGGAUGCGGGUUACGAAGAGAGAACCACCAAUUUGA